AUGAGAAAGGUCACCCCUGCGUUUGGUAAGCUUUCAGCUCAAGAAGCCAAAUUGGAGGGUGAAUUCCGUACCGCCCACACACGUCUUAUUACCAAUGCUGAAGAGAUUGCCUUUUAUCAUGGAGCUGAGUUAGAACAUUCCAUUUUAAAUCGUACUUACACAAAACUUAUUAAACAUAUAAACGGGAUCUUAAAGGUUCGCAUCUUUUACAACAUGUUUGAAGAUUUUAUCAUCAAAUAUUGUUGGAGUGCGCUUGGACUCAUGACCAUGUCAGUGCCAGUAUUCUUUCCCGCAUGGGGUGGUCGAGGGGGGAGGAACGAACUGGACGGAGUGAUCGGGAGUGGAAAAGAGAGGAGUCGUACAAAAUUAUUCGUCACCAAUAGAAGAAUUUUAUUAACACUUGGAGAUGCCGGCGGACGUCUGAUGUAUUCCUACAAGGAACUCGCCGAACUCGCGGGUUACACCUCCAGGGUUUACGCGCUGCUUUCUGUCCUGCACUCCUUACAUGCCGGCGAGUAUGUCGCCAUGCCUCGUCCAUUGAACUUCCCGGAGGAUCAGGAGUUUUACUCGCUAGGUGAAAUGCACGGGGAAGUGAUUCUCGGAUAUGACGGCAUAAAAUUUGAAGGGUCGCCUAUAGUGGCACCUAAUCCAGGAAAUGAGAAAGGCGGGGAGGAGCUGAUAAAGGAUUUGAGUGUGGAGGUACGCCCGGGAGAGCAUUUGUUGAUAACUGGUCCGAAUGGAGUGGGAAAAACCAGUAUUGCAAGAGUGAUUGCCAGACUAUGGCCUUUGUUCCGUGGUCGACUCAGCCGACCAAAUUCCGAAGAUAUUUUCUACACUCCACAACGACCCUACCUUAGCAUAGGCACUCUUCGUGAUCAAAUAAUCUACCCUUGCUCUCACGCGGACAUGAUUCGUGCUGGUCGCACGGACGAUGAAUUGUUGGAAAUACUUCGUGUAGUCCACUUGGCCUACAUUCCUGAUCGCGAGGGAGGAUGGGAGACGAAGAAAGAAUGGAAAGACGUCUUUUCCGGCGGAGAAAAACAGAGG